AUGGUGGGAACUAGCCUUGAACAACAGCUUAGGAACUUCCUUCGUUCCAUGCAUGACCAGGGUAUUCUGGAUCAUAAUUUUGAGAAUGUUAGGAGAUUACAGACUCAAGGGAAUCCUCAGUUUCUUACCGAAGUGAUCACUAUGUUCAUCAAUGAUGCUGAUGUUUCCAUGGCAGAAACAACCAGGCUCAUGAAUGAACCUGAACUGGACUAUGAAACUUUAACUAGCUACCUUCAUCAACUAAGGGGAAGUAGCGCGAGCAUUGGUGGCUGCCGGAUGGCUGUUGCUUGUCGUGAUGUUCGACAAGCUAUUGAUGCCAGGGACAAGGCAAGGUGCCUAGAAACUUUUGAGCGGGUUAAACAAGAGUACCAGACUCUCCGCAGCAGCUUUAAUAAUAUUUUGCAGCUAGAGAGAUCAAUCUUGGCAUAUGAGAAUCGCAGGCGCCGUGGAUAGAGGGCUGCUUGAAAGGACAUGCCUACUUAUAUAGGUCAUGGUUAUCUAAAUAAAUUAAGUUCGCUAGAACAGAACAUGGAAU